GCUGAGCGCCGUUCCGCGCUGCCCUGGCUCCGGGCGCAGUGAGAGCGCCGCGGGUAGGUGCGCAACCCGGCGCCGGGCCGGGCCGCCCUGCUUUCCACGCGUGUCCGCUUAAGGCGGCCGUGGGGUUCCGGUUGGUUUCGGUUUCAAAUGGCUUGUACCUUGGGCCCGGGACAUAAACUCGAAAUGUAUUUGCGUCAGGAGCAAGGCUUGUAAACUCCCCGGGGGUAUUUACACUGACAUCUUCGUAAGGGCUGGGCUUUCCUGUAGGCGCUGGACGUUGACCUGCGGAGAGGCAGAAGGAAAGCGAGGUGCAGUUGUGUUGGGAUGCACAGAGGUGGGAAGAACCCUAGUGACCUAUACGAGCUGCUAAAUGCUGACAGCAGGUGUGCUCUCAUGGCACGAUUUGACAAGCAGCACUGCAGACUGGAACUGCUGGUCCUCUUGUCCCACUGCCCUCAGCCCCACCAGCACCACACUACAUGGAGCUGCAUCCCGCAGAAGGGUGGGAGCGAUCCCGGUUAAAAUUAACCACUUUUUUUUUUUUUUUUUUUCUGAUGUGGUUAUAUUUAACCUCGCUCAUUGCUCUGGGUGACAGGUGUGUCAGAAGGCAAGAGGAUUGUUAGGGCAAAUGCGCUAGUGAGGGAAGUGCUUGAGAAAUACACCACGACUGGGGCAGUCCUGGCAGGGCUGUUUGAGCAGCUGGGUCGCACUUCCAUCAUAUCACACAGGAGUAAAACUGGUUUUAUCUAUGGAUAUCUGCAGGUUUGAAAUCGGGCAGCAUUUGAUUGUUUUAGUAGGGAAAUUCUACUCGACAGACUGUGUGCUUUGCCAGUCUUGCUACUGACUUUUAUGUAUGUAUCCAUUCGUGGUCCUUUGAUGAAAGCGCUAAAGACAUUGCUUUCAGAUAGAUAAAAUACUGAAUGUUUGGGUUGGGGUUUUUGGUUGAAUGCAAGUGGUAGUGCUGUCAAGGGGUGAGAGUUUUGUGAAGAGUUAACUCUUUAAGAAACAGUCCACAUGGUUAAAAAACAAACCUGAAAGCCUCUCAGGUUUGACGCUUGAUACUUUAAGAUGUUAUUCAGGCAUGCCUUGUUUUUUUAAUUCUUCUGCAUCAUGUUCUUACGUCAAAGAGCUUAACUUACAUAGGUAACAUAAAGGAUGUGAGUAAAGCAAUGAGUAUUUUUUUAAAAUGCUUGAAAGAGCUCAAGUCUCUCCUGUAACUAAUUUUACUGUUUUUUAAUGCUCAACAAUAUAAAAAUGGAGUGGUAAUUACUUUAAUUUAUAGUGUUGGUUAAUUAUCUUGUUAGCAUAGAAUUUCAUUGAAGUCAUAAAUCUUCAUAGAUUGGCCUGGUUGAGGAAAUUGCUGCUUUCAGAAGCUUUGUGCUAUUGCUACUUUUUGCCCCUAGUCAAACUCUGGUUGGAAUAUUAAUAAAUUAGCAAUAGAAAUAUCACCCUCUGUGAUAUUUAUACAAAGUGGUUGUAUUGGGGUAGGGUUCUUGAUUUUUACUACAUGCAAUAGACUUGUGUUGAAAAUAGUUGCGAAUCUAAAUCGGUGGGUAAUUUCAUCGUAUGGAAACAGCCCCUUUUUAGCUCUGCGCCCUUCCUUCACAGAGGGGGCACUGUGUCCAGAGCUGCACAGAGCUUCAGCCUCACUUAGCAGUUGUUGAAUACAGGUACAAAUAUUUGGCUGCCUCCUAUUUUCUGUUAUGCUGAGAAAUUGCUAGCAGCAUUGUUAUUCUGAAUUCAGUAGUACUUCAGAAUAGAAGGAGGUGUAAGAAGUGCAUCUUUGGUCAUGUGGCAGAGCCUGAAGUGAAAGAUUCCAGUGCCUCUGUGUAAUGCUGGCACAGGGGAACACAGCCAUUCCCAUCAGGAUCUCUCAUUCCCUUCUGUGUGGUUCACCUGGGGAAAGCAGCUCAAAAUUACAGCUGGGUGCUUUAUUAGUUCAGAUAAUGGGCUUCAGUGGUAGUUUAAAACUGUUAGGUGUUUCCCAGUUCGUUUGUUGCAGGAGUUAAAGAUUGAAGCACAAGGAAGAGAGGAAGAACACUCAUGGUUAAUGCAGCUGCCUGCUGCCCUGAAGGAUUGAAUUCUCAGCCUCUACAGCUGCCACAAAAUGCCUUUGUAAUGCAAAGGCCACUUUAAUUUUGGCAUACCUCAUGCCUGAGUGUUUAAUUUUAUGGCCUUAAUGUUCUCUUACCGUAGUGUUAAUGUAUAAUAUAAAUUCUUAAAUAUAGCUGCUUUCAGAAUAUGUAAUCGUAUACUUAAAGUUUCUGCACUUUUCAGUUCCCAGGUAUUUAAUACUCAGUAGAACGAGUUCGUCCAUGGAGUCUUUUGUCACCUUACUGUUUGCCUACUUUGGACUCUUUCCAGCUGUUACAUUUUGUCGUUGAAAUCACUGAAUUAGUUUUCUUACUCUGCAGUGAUGUUCUGAGGAACAAUGCUGACUCUAUCAUAAAAUCAGCUGUAGUAAUAUUGAUAUUUUAUUCAAUAUAGAUCCAUUAGAAGUGGAUACGCGGUGUAAGAUUCAGAACUGCUAUUUUGGUAAAAUCUUAUGAAGCUUAGGAGAUACUGUGGGCAUUCCCCAUCUUCCCAAUAAAGAUGUAUCCGAGUGAAGCUUUAGAGUGGUGACAAAUGCUUUGUCCUUGUAGUAGUGUUUAAUAAUCUCUAAGUCAGUGAGAAAGCUUCAGUUCUAGAGCUAAAACCAUUUGACUCGUGACAGCCUGCUACCACAGGACAAAUGGUGUUGGAGUUAUAUCCUUAUGUUAAAGCAGAAUGAAAUGAUUCUAGGAGAAAGAUCCAUCUUAAGUGAAUUUAAAAAUAAAUACUGGAAUGUAAACACUGUGAGGUUCUGUAGAUGUAAAAAGAUAUUUGCAGGUGUUUCUGAGGAGGUUUUGAUGCAUGUUAUUUUGGUAUCUGGCCAGACCCAAAAGGAAUAGAGAGGAGUGAAAACUGUGAUUUAAAUGGGUUCUGAAUACCUAGUCCAGCAUGAACUUUUAGCCAUAUGUUGGCUGUGUUUUUGCAGGUCUCUGUAAAAGUUCUCCAGGCACCUUGAAGCUUUGUUCUCACUCAGAUCCUCCAUGCUCUUGUCAAAACGGAGCAUCUUGGCACCUCUGCCUGUUUAGUAUUCAUAAAUUAGGCAAUCUGUAAAUUAGGCAUUCACUUGUCCGAAGGCAUGUUCAAACCGCACCUGAGUCACACCUAUGGGAUUGGACUCGGGCCGACCUGGUGACUCUCUCUUUGGUUCAGAAGCACAAAGGAGGGACAAGGUAGAAGGGUUGUUUUUUUUUUUUUUUUUUUUUUUUUUUUUUUUUUUUUUUGAUGUCUCUUUCCAAAAAAAACCCACAAAACUCAGGUGCUCCCAGCAACAACGGAAAACCCAAGCACAAAAAAUCCACUUUUCACUGCUUAGAAGGUGAUUGAACUGGGCAAAAGAAAAACACUACAUUGCUUGUUUUCUUGGAGCUGGAGAUGAAGGAGAUAGGCAACUGUGUUCUGGCUUCUUCCAAGAGCUCUUCAGUUUUUUCUUCCGUAUAAAACUUUAAAUGUCAUUAGGGAAUGGAAGCCAGAACUCUUCUCUGUCAUGUUGGGACCCAGAGAGUCUGCAUGCUGUCCUGCAAGCCUUUUACUUCUCAGUUUUUCUUACUUGCUCUGAGGUCUGAUGCUGGAAAGAGAGGUCAGGAGUUGAUCCAGCUUCCAGCAGAGCAUGGAACCUGCAAAGAGGCUGUGGUCUGGACCCCUCUGGAGAGUAGCUGUGAUUUCUCUGUUCUGGCUUACUGUGUUGUAACUGUGCUGCUGGACAAAAAUCAGAACACUUAUUUUCCCUCUCUCUGGUGUGUCUUGAUGGGAAAAGCUUAGCUAUAUACACCAGGAUUGUGAAUACUAACCUUACCAGUGUUCCAGUCCUUCAGAAACAGGUGAUGUUGAAGGCUUAGUUUUGUAUUUACUAGUUACUUUUAAUGUCUGUGUACCUUCUAAUUUUUUUAGAAGUAUUGCUGAGCAAUGCAGCUUUCCUUGGCUUUGGUACUUUUUUUUUCUACAACUACUUAAAUGGAGGUUGUAGUGAGAUGGGGGUCAGCCUCUUCUGUCAGGUAAUGGUGACAGGAUGAGAGGUAACAGCUUUAAGUUGUGCCAGGGGAGCGUUCAGGUUGGAUGUUAGAACUGAAUUACUAACAUCUUGUGGUAGUUGUGGAGCUAUUGGACACCUAGAAGAGGAAUGCCUGAGAGUAGGCUUAUCAUCCAGCACAGCAUCUAACUUUCAGAUGCUUAAUGCUUAACCCUGGCAGUGUUCAAGAGCUGUCUGGAUGAUGUGCUGCGUGAUAUGGUUUAGUGCUAGUGGUGGCAAUGGUGAUGAGGAGACGGUUGGACUAGAUGAUCUUAUAGGUUCUUUUCCAACCUUGUGAUUCUAUGAUUCUAUGAAUAGUGGGGUACAGUAUUGUUUACAAUGUAAUGCCAACAUUGUAGAUAAAAUCUAAAAGUUUUUAACAUGCAGCUCUCUAAGUAUGUGAGAGUAUCUCAGGUCGCUGAUCCCAUAAGCAUCCCAUUAACUGCUGACUUGACAGUUAUUCCUAAAGUUCCAGCACUGCCUUAUGAGUACCAUCAGAAAGAGUGUUUGUGAACGUACUAGGAAAAGCCUUGUAACAAGCUGCCCUUGGAAGACAGAGGAAUGAUAAUGUAUGCAUUUCUUAAUAUGCAUUAACAAAAAUCUGAGAAGAAGCACGCAGUUUUACAUAUUAAAUGAUUAGUUUGGAGAAUAUUUGAGUAUAAGAUAGUAAGAUGCAUAAUAAGGAAGAAAAAACACUUUAAAAUAAAUUGCAUUAAUAGAGCUAACUUCAUGUUUCCAAUUCUAAGAAUUCCACUGCUGCUGCUGUGGUAAAUAAAACAUAAGUUACCAUUUUUACACUUUGUGAAGUACAUCCAGGAUGAUAAAAGCUUUUAUUGGUGUAGUAAAUAUUAGUUGCUGGCAUUUAAGAGUAUGUGACGAUUCUGGUGGCUGUUUCACUGCAUGUUUAAUGCAGUGUCAGAGACUGGUAUUGGUCUUUUGAGUAGUGGAUGUUACUCACGUGCACUCUGACAAAGCUGUCCUGGAAGAAUAAUGUUCCAGCAGCUUGGUGGCUGCUCGCAGCAAGGUGGUUGUGAAUUCUGAGAGGGGAAGCUCAUGCUGAUGUGAGCAGGUGGGAGAUGGGGAGUUCUUCCAAUGGAACUUGUCAGAGAAAUACCAGAGGCUUCAGCUGGCUUGGUUAUCCUUGAUCAUCCAAAAGCUGCAGACUAUGUUAGGGGGAAAAAUGAUGGUGUGUGGAGGGACUUUUCCAGCCCCUACUCCAUGAGGGGUGUGUUUUAUAUUUGAAACGUAGGUCUGAAGAUGUGAGAAAUCAGGAAACAUUUCACCAAAAUCUGCUUGGCUCAGGAAACAAGCAACAAGGGAGGUGGCUUUUUGUUUUUCUUUUAAGCCCAGUUUCCUACGGAAAGUGAUUGAUGCUGUUUAUCCCGUUCUUUCCUUAGAUAUUUGCCAGUAGCUUUUGAAGUCACAGACCAGUUGCAGCCGUGAUUGCAGGAAGGACAGAGAUCUCAGACUGUCGCAUUCGUACAGUUUUGGGGAAGAGAAACAAACUGGGUGGAGAGAAACCUGUCAGUGCCCUUUCUUGAGAGAGAGAGAGAGAGAGAGAGACCACGCUGCAAGUUUGGCGCUGAUUUGCUUUUUAGCAUGUGCAGGAGGUCAUUGGGUGUAGGCUGGCUUGUUAUGCAGGGCAGGGGAGUGCUGAUGGAAGGUAAAACUAUGGGAACUGUGCUUUACUGUCUGUUAAUGAGUAUUUUGAUCAUUAACUGAGGAAUUACUGUUCUGAUCAGAAUUAGUUUGCUUACUUUGAAUUCCUGGACAAUUUUCUGCUCAGUAAUGCCGGAUACUCUUUUCAAGUCUCUAUGACAGAUGUAGUGUUUAUAAAUCUUGUAAGAUGCAGAAACUUCAAUUAUUACAAUAUGUCAGUUACCAAGUAGCAUAAUAGAUGUAAAAUAGUUAUGUGGCUUUGACUUGUGCUUAUUUUAAAGUAGUUUUCAUAGUAACAAGUAUUCUGAGGGAAACCAGCUUUUUCUCUGUGGGUAGAAAAGCAAGUAGCAGCAUGAAUCAGGGCUUCCAAGAGCUGUCAUUAGGAAUGCAUGUUUUCCCCCUAUUCACACACUUUCCUCACUGUCAAUUUUAAUGAGGUAAUAUGAUUUAAUAAAGCUUUUCUUGCCAUUCACAGCAGCAGCAACAUUCAUUACAUGUAAUCAAGCUGCUGUUAGUGAGUGUGUGGCUGAGGAUGAAAGUAGAGUGUGGAACUUGUGUGCUGCUUUCAAUGGUAGCUUGUUAUCAUCUCAGUAACCUUGCUUAAAAUACGUUUCCUUAUCUAGCUGUAGCAAAUGCAGAUUUUCAGGUGAAAAUAUUUUUGUUGUUUUGAGGUGUUUUUUUUUCCAGAUUGUAAAUUUUUUUUGCCAGCCUAGCAGCGUUAAACGUUUUGUGCUGCGCUAAAGGUUUGCAUGAUGUUUCCCGGAUAAAGACACAGUUCCGGCCUUGAAGAGCUUGUGAUCUAAAUGUCAGUGAUAAAGAAAAUGAGGAGAAUGGUUUCAGAAAAGGGGACAAGGAUUCAAAUGGCUGGAAGUCAUAGCACGUAACUUAAACAAGUUGUGAUUUCUAAGAACAGCAUAAGGUACCAGCACAGAAAAGGGUGAGAAUAUAGAGGCAGAAGACAGCAUAAAGCAAAUCCAAAUAGUAUAAAGAUCUGAAGGAAUAGAGGGAAAAUAUGUUACUGAGCAGGAUUUGGAAAAUGUAACAUCAGAAGAGUAGGCAGAAUCAAGAUGAACAGGAAUGGGGAUGUGGUAGGAAACGGAGACAGGAAAAACAUAGAAGAAACUUCUAAAUUAUGGCUUUUAUGAAAAGAAAAAAAAAAGGAAGGAGACAGGAAAAGGGUUGGGGAAUGUGCUGGUUUGAUCGGUUUGGCAGGAAAGCUGGGACACACAUCCUAGUGCUAAGACUUUCCCUUACCCCCUGUUCCACCCUGACAUUUAGCUGUCGAUUUCAGCUGCUUUUAAAGGGAGUGGUGGAACAACAGCAGUGGGCCUGAAAACUCAGGCAUGUGUGUUCUCCUGACACUGUCUCCCAUUCCAUGCAGGUUUUGUGUGAGCUGGUGGACUUCUGCAUGAGUUUCAGCACCACUGAGGUGGGGUUGUAGAAGCAGCUGGCAUCAGAGGUGAUCUGGGCAAUGCUGCUUAAUAUAAGUCAAAAAGGAUCCGAAAUGUUUUUUGCUACGUUAUCUGAAAUUGCUUUUUCAAAUGAUCUUAGUUAAACUGAUACUACCUUUAAAUGGAAAGUUAAAUGUGUGGUUGGUUUACAUUGAGUUGUUUGAAUCUUGUUUGCUUUGCUGAUACAGGAAUGCCAAGUAAUCUCAUACAUUUGUAUGGAAUGUUUUUAAAAUGUCACCUAGACACUUCUCCAGCCCUAUAAAAAAAAAAACAUAGUUGGUCCUUUCUUGUCUAUAUGUUAUACUGGGAUUUGAUUCAGUAGAUUGAUUUCUAAUAUUAGAUUGUUCUUCUGAAAAGUAGAUAAAUGGAUGAUAAUCUGCCUUUCUUCUUCUCACAUUAGACUUUUCUAAUGAAAUAUAUUUUUGAAAUAGCCUUGUUCAGUCCCUGGCAUUCUUUGUCUCUGUUGUGACAUCUUCCAGCUGUGUUGUAUGUAUGUGGGGACAAGAUGGGGAGGAAUAGGGAUUUUGAAGUUCUUUUUUUAGGUCAAAAGAAAUUUGUUUUCCUUGCGUAUGUUGGAAGUAGAUGUAUGGAUGCCUUAACAGAUAUAGUUUGCCUCAUGUAAGUGUUCACUGCAAGGUAUCAGCAGUGAUAACUAGCAGUGGUUUUCCAUGCAGAAUUGUCAGCAGUUCCAUAUAUACAAAACUCUUCCCUAUUUGUAGGAGUACUGCACUGAUACUUGUAGGAAACAGAGUUGUUUUUUGUGAAGGGAAUAGUGUUUGCUUCCGUAAAUAUUUGGGGUAUGGCUAGUUUCUACUCAGCAGAACUCACUGAAGUUUAUGUUCCUCCUUAGUGAGGGGAAGAUGGCUUUUGUUCUUUCUUGUGCUGUCAUAUGCUGUGUUCCUUAGGAGUUCUGACGUGGAUAACACCUGCUGUCUGAACCAUAAUGCAAAGUUAAGAUUGUAUCCGUGUACUUCUUUCCUAGAAAUGUGGCUGGUGUGUUACUGAUGCUAUGGAAGAAGGGCGUAACUUGCUGCAAAGCAAUUGUAACAUUUAGUAGGCACUGUUAGAACUGUAACUGUGGUGCUACUCUUAGGCCUUUGUGUUAGGCUGUAGGUUGGGAUUUCAGAGUGGAGGAAGUUCAGACUUCCGAGCUAAGUAAAGGGAGGAAUGUACAUCUGAAGUUCUCCAUCCUCACAUGUAUUCCAGUUGUGUGGAGUGAAGAGCUGGAGUGUGAAGUUGUGAACACUUUAGGGCUAGAACUAAAGUGACCGUAAUAGUAGCAGAGGAAAUAGGGCAGCAAUCAAGGGCUCAUCCACAAGUUGUUUCAACUAGAUUCAUUUUCAUAGAGCUGUUGUGUUUUUUUUUUUUUUUUGUUUUGUUUUUUCAGAACACUGUGCCAAAAAAGACUUUUGCUCAGAUGACAUCAUACUUGGACUACUAAAGCUAUCCACCCACUCUUCAAGGCAUAAUGGAUUUCUAGGUAAUUUAACAAAUGCAGUGUGAAGCCCAUUCCUUCAUUUGCAAAAACCUCUGGAAAGUUAUUUGGAUGAUAUAUAUUGAAUGUUGGUGAAAUUAGUUCAUAAUUUAAUGCUUUUCUGUAAAAGAGGAUACUCCACAUUGUUCUUGAGAAGAACCAGCGUUUCAUCCCUAAACCAUACACUUUAACAAGUCCCAAAGUAUAAAAGGUAAAAUAAAAGUUUCCCUUUCUGUCAAAAAACUGAGAUUAGCUCUUCCUGGAACAUUUUGUUGACUGAUUGGAUCAUGAAGUAGCAGCUGCCAUAUUUCUUGAGGUAUUACCGCUGCUCUGCUGGAUUUGGCACUUUCAGAAACAAGUAAAUCCUUCCUUCUCAGAAACUGCAAACGUACAAAUGUCUACCACAAGACUAAAGUGUGCUAUGUUAUGUUUUUUACCAUAAGCACCCAUAAAAUGAGCUCCAUUGCAGACAGAAAUGAUGGAAGCAUUUUUGAUGGUCUGGUGGAAGAAGAUGACAAAGAUAAAGCAAAAAGAGUGUCUAGAAACAAGUCUGAAAAGAAACGUCGAGAUCAGUUUAAUGUUCUUAUCAAAGAGCUGGGUUCCAUGCUUCCAGGUAAUGCUCGGAAGAUGGAUAAAUCCACUGUACUACAGAAGAGCAUUGACUUUUUACGGAAGCACAAAGAAAUUACUGCACAAUCAGAUGCCAGUGAGAUUCGACAGGACUGGAAACCAACAUUCCUUAGUAAUGAAGAGUUCACACAGUUAAUGUUAGAGGCUCUUGAUGGUUUUUUUUUAGCAAUUAUGACAGAUGGAAACAUAAUAUAUGUGUCUGAAAGUGUAACUCCUUUACUUGAACAUUUGCCAUCUGAUCUUGUGGAUCAGAGCGUAUUUAAUUUUAUCCCAGAGGGGGAACAUUCAGAAAUUUAUAAAAUUCUGUCUUCUCAUCUGCUGGAAAGUGAUUCAUUGACACCGGAAUACUUAAAAUCAAAAAAUCAGCUAGAAUUCUGUUGCCAUAUGCUGCGAGGAACAAUAGACCCAAAAGAGCAACCUACAUAUGAAUAUGUAAAAUUUAUAGGAAAUUUCAAGUGUUUGAAUAAUGUUCCCAAUUCAGCACACAAUGGUUUUGAAGGAACUAUUCAGCGAUCGCACCGGCCUUCAUAUGAAGACAAAGUUUGCUUUAUAGCCACAGUUAGAUUAGCUACACCUCAAUUUAUCAAGGAAAUGUGCACUGUUGAAGAACCCAAUGAAGAGUUCACAUCUAGACAUAGCUUAGAAUGGAAGUUCCUAUUCUUGGAUCACAGGGCACCUCCAAUAAUAGGCUAUCUUCCAUUUGAAGUUUUGGGAACGUCAGGCUAUGAUUAUUAUCAUGUGGAUGAUCUAGAUAAUCUGGCAAAAUGUCAUGAGCAUUUAAUGCAAUAUGGGAAAGGGAAGUCAUGUUAUUACAGAUUCCUUACAAAGGGACAGCAAUGGAUUUGGCUGCAGACACAUUACUAUAUCACAUAUCACCAGUGGAAUUCCAGGCCAGAGUUUAUUGUAUGUACGCACACAGUUGUAAGUUAUGCAGAAGUCAGAGCAGAAAGGCGGCGAGAGCUUGGUAUUGAGGAGUCUCUUCCAGAGAUAAAAGCAGAUAAAAGUCAAGACUCUGGAUCUGAUAAUCACAUAAACACAGUGAGCCUCAAAGAAGCUCUGGAAAGAUUUGAUACCAGCCCCACACCUUCCGCUUCCUCCAGGAGUUCAAGAAAAUCUUCACAUACUGCAGUAUCAGAUCAUUCAUCGACACCAACUAAAAUGACAGUGGACACUAGCACUCCCCCAAGACAAAGCUUAUCUGCUCAUGAAAAGUCUACACAAAGAAGAUCAUCUCUGAGUAGUCAGUCUUUAAGCUCCCAGUCUCUUGGACAACCAGUAACACAGCCAACGAUGUCUCAGCCUGCUACUUUACAGCUCCAGUCCAGCAUGUCCCAGCCUGUCUUUCAGUUUUCAGCUCAAUUAGGAGCUAUGCAGCACCUAAAGGACCAGCUGGAGCAGAGAACACGCAUGAUAGAGGCAAAUAUUCAUCGGCAGCAAGAAGAGUUGCGGAAAAUUCAAGAACAGCUGCAGAUUGUCCACGGUCAAGGACUUCAGAUGUUCUUGCAGCAGUCAACUUCUGGACUAAACUUCAGUUCUGUGCAACUUACAUCUGGAAAUUCUUCAAGUGUUCAGCAACUUGCACCAGCAAACAUGCAAGGUCAGGUUGUUCAAACUAAUCAGACUCAAAGUGGGAUGAGCACAGGACAUACAAGUACACCACAUAUGAUCCAGCAACAGCCUUUGCAGAGCUCUGCGUCACAGCAUAAUCAACAAAAUGUGCUUAGUGGGCAUGGUCAACAAUCUUCUCUUGCCAGUCAGUCACAGAACACAGUCUCAACACCUCUGUAUAACACUAUGGUGAUUUCUCAGCCAACAACCGGCAAUGUGGUUCAGGUUCCUUCUAGCUUACCACAGAACAAUAACCAGAAUGCUGCUGCAGUAACUACUUUUACACAAGAUAGACAAAUCAGAUUUUCUCAAGGUCAGCAGCUUGUAACAAAACUUGUCACAGCCCCAGUAGCGUGUGGAGCGGUAAUGGUACCAAGUACUAUGUUUAUGGGACAGGUGGUGACAGCUUAUCCCACUUUUGCUGCCCAACAGCAGCAGCCACAGACUUUGCCAGUAACACAGCAACAGCAGCAGCAGCAGCAAAGUCAGCAAGACCAGCAGCAGCAGCAGCAGCUCACUGCAGUUCAACAACCAGCUCAGCCACAGCUGACCCAGCACCCGCAACAGUUCCUACAGACAUCCAGGUUACUUCACGGGAAUCAGUCAGCUCAGCUUAUCCUCUCUGCUGCUUUCCCACUACAGCAAAGCACUUUUACUCAGUCCCACCACCAGCAGCACCAAUCGCAGCAGCAGCUCUCACGGCACAGAACUGACAAGAUGACGGAUCCUUCCAAAGCGCAGCCGCAGUAGCUGGGGGCUCUGCCUCUCCUGGAAGCCAGCUCCCAGGAGGGGGCUGCUCCAUAACCACUCGCACUCAAGUUGCAGAGGUAGCAGUACAAAGCCUUUCUAACGCUGCGGUGUCGAGACCUACAGCUAACUUCUGGAAUCUGUUGAGGAAAACCACCAGGUGAUGGCAGGGACGCGGCCAACUUUGAUCGUUGUCCCGGUUUCUGUGCUCUAAAAGGUUUGCUGCCAUGUGUCGAUUUGUCCAGGUGAAAUCAAAAAAUGUGACUGAAAUGAAAGGAAUGCUGAAAAUAUUGGUAUUUUUUAUCAGUUCUGUACAUUUUUAAAGUAUUAAAAUGGACACAGAGCAAUUGUUUGAUUUAGGAGAAAAAAUGCCAGGAAUAUAGUCCGACAAACAUCUAAUUUUUUCAGAUGAUUAUGGGACAGUAAAUAUUUUGAAAAUGUUGUGUGAAAUCCAGUUCUCUGUUGUACAGAUGCUGUAAAAUAUUGUGUAUAUGUCUGCAUAAAAGGAGAAAGAGCAAAAUAUUUUAUAUGAUGCAUGAAAUGUAAUCUGUUAUUUGUAGGUUUGAAUAUGUUCCCCUACAUUUUCACACCAUACUCAGACUGACGUUUUCCUUUGUUCUGCCCCUUUGUUUACAACAUGCUGCAUCGUUACUUUCACCCUCAGUGUGGGCACAAGUCUCUCGUUUGUGCUUCGUGAUGUCACAGUCUGCUCUGUGAGGUAUGGUGUGUUGGUUCGUUGACUUCUCGAGGUUAAAUUAUGGAUGAAGCCGUUUGAACUGGUGGUCGUGCAUCAGGGUUCAGGGUGUUCAGAUUCAUGAGUAUCAUCCAUCGUUUCAUACCUAAUUCAUUUUAUUUGAAAAAAAAAAAAAAACAACAAAAAAUAGGAAUUUGCACUGCUUCCUUGCGGAUGGUUUGGAAUUUUAUUCCCCAAAGCUAUCUUUUGAUAUAGUUCAUAGUUGGAAAUAUUUAUGUAAAAUGUUAAAAAAAAAAAAAAAGAAAAAAGAAAAAAAAAAAAAAGACGGUAAUUUUCAAGAAUGUUUCAGUUAUAGGAGUAAUUUGCACAAAAAAUAUAUUUACAUUUAAUAACCUUUUGGGCACUUUUUAACCACUUUCUCUGUGGUGAGAAUUGUAACUUGUUAAAAUAUGUUGGAAUCUUUUUAUUCUCAUUCAAAAAUUAGAUCUUUCUUUAGUCAGAACUAAUUCAGGGUCAUUUUAACAACGACAGAAAAACCCAUAGUGCCUUGAUUUUAAUUCAGGUGAUAAUGUUGAACAUCUUGACUUGCAGUGUCUCGAAUCUGUAACCAUUCUCGAUUUUGAAGUCUUAGUACAUUGUCAGCCAAACUCGUGUAUCUACUUCAUAGCUGUUUCUGCAUCGUGAUCAUCUCAAUAACGAUCUGAGUUGAGAACGUGAGCAUUUUUGAGUGCUGCUCCCCCUCAAACACUAAGUCAGAAACUGAGGAGUCUCUGCAAUCUCAGACCUUGAAGGUAUUGUUCUUGAAGAUGUAAAAACAGAGAGUGCUCCUUCAGUGGGAGCAGGGAGGGUAACCUGAUCUGAAAUAGAGUCAAAAAUCAUAUUUGUAGUGUUUAGAGUAUGUCUUGGGGGAGACCACGGUCGAUUUAGGAGAUAUCACUGAACUAAGACUUCAGAAGGCAACUUCACUUUAUAAAGAAAAUAAAAAGUUCCAACAGAUACGAUGUGCUAUUUUAGGUAGGGUUUUAUGGUACUAGUUUGUGAAAACCACAACUUUAGAGGAAAAUAAAUAAACACAGAUAGAUCUGAGAAUUAAGAUAAAACAGCAAAAGCAGUUAAAAUUAGUAGUAGGGAGAGAAAGCUGGAUUAAUCUUGAAUACUGAGGAGGAGUUGAAUGAAUGUAACCAAAUGGUGAUGGACUGUUUUGUUCUCUGGAACAGUUUGAUUGUAUUACUGGGUGAGCCAAACCCACAGGAGGGUGGCACCAGUUCAGCGAGCGCCCCAUGCCAUCGAUGGCAUUUUGGGGCUGGCCUUGGCCUCUCCGGGUGUCCCACCAUUGCAUCUUUGUUGUUCCCCACUUACAAAGCAAGAGUUUGGUACCAAAAAGCACAGUUGUGAACAAGGAAGGAGUGUGAGAAAUACAGUACCAAAGAGAGUUAGAUUGCGCUCUGCUCCAGGAGGCCUCUCGCAGCAAGGAGCAGGUGCCAGUGCCAGACAUUGCAAGGGCAAAUUCCGCUUCUCUGAAAGGAUUUCUGCCAUUCUCUGAGCUGGGAUAAGGGUCAGAAGCCCACUGCUGUAGAGCUCUGUGUAACGAAGUUUGCCUUGCUCUGCUCUGCUGCUGCAUCAUUCACCUGUUUCUAAAAUAAGCUGUGUUACCAGAGGUCUGCGCUAGCAGCACUGCUGCUUAAUGGAAGUAGGUUAGAGAAAAAAUGUUACCCGUUUACGGUGAUAACAGCACUAAAAAAGAAACCUGGGAGAGCUUUAAUGGUGCUGUUAGAACUACGGAAUAGUGGUAAAAUAGGUUUAUUAAGCUAUUAUACUGAGAAUUACAAAAAAUAGAAAUAACAGCCAGCCAGUUAAUGAUGCAGCUUUUUAUAUGAAGCUCCAUUUAAACUUCUCUUCCCAUUCCCCCCCUCCCCGAUACUCUCUUGUGCUGCUAUAGGUCUGUUGGUAAAACGCUGAACUAGGUGAGAGAAAAUAGAUGACAGUGAUAGCAGGGCUGCUGAAAGAGAAUAAAGAAAUGUACGCUUUGAUCAAGAAGCUUUUUGUAACCUCGGAGAGAGCUCAUUCAAUUACGGAGCUACCAGCCAGUAGACAAAGCAUGGAAGGUGGGGAAAUUCACAGAAACUGGAAAAACACAGCAUCCAUUUGAAAUAUACUUACCGUGAAUCAGGCAGAUUUUAUACAGAAGUACGCAGAACUUGUUCCGUGUUCUGUGCAAGGACGCAAAUGCUUUGUUUCACAGCUGCUGACUCAAAGGUGUGUAUUUCAGGUGUCUGCCGCUUCCCCCUUGCUGAAUCAGUUGCUGAGCUGCUCUUGAUUUUAGUGGGAAGAGGACCAGGCUGUCGCCUCUUUCUUAAUCAGCCUUUUGCUUCUGACUGACUUAUUUACUACAGUCAUAGAUUUUUUGCAACAUCCUAAUCAAUAGCAUGAUAAGGAAUGCUGCGAUGCUGCAGGGUCUGGGGUGCAGAUGUCACAGAAUGACUCUGACAGAAGGGAAGGAAUGUUAAGGAGAGGGUUGUAUUUGUGAAGGCGCAGUCUGGUGGUAUGGAACGGCGUGAAACAGUUGCAUGGAGUUUAGAAGACAGACAUUGUUUGCCAGCGAUGGGUGAGGAUUUGAAGAAAAGCUUCUAGGAAAAUUACAGAGAAAAAGAAUAUAUAGCUAUUUUUAUAUUAUAUUUAAUAUAUAUUUGUAUAUAAAUAUGAAAAGAUUCUAGUAGGAGCUCUCCAUAUGCCUUCCAUUUCAUCUAGAAGAUUUACCUUCUGCACUAUGGUUCCGGUGUGUCGCCACUUGUGUGGGCAUCCUGCCUGCUGCCAAACACCAAAAUCAGUAACCCAGUAUCCUUACAACAGGUAGGUUUCAUUUCAGCUUUAUGUAAAAAAUUAAUUAAAAGAAAGCUAUAUCAGACAGUUUUUCAUGGAAAAAGAAAUUCUCUUUAAGAUUCAAAUAGCACUUUCUAUCUUUUAUUUUAUUUUUAUUUUUUGGAGUAAUAAGAAGCACUUUACUGAAAAGACUAUUUGAAAACCAGUUUAUUUCUUUAGUCAGUGAAACUGUUAAGGGGGGGGGCAUCAAGGAAUGAUGUGUAAAACUGUCAGAAACGUUUCUGGAAAAUGUUUCUUUAAGACAGUGAUCCUUUGAGGCUCAAAGUGCAAGAUGAAAAAGGCUUCUAGAACUGAUUGGCUUCAUUGGUUUUACAUGGCGUGGGGAAAGGUUGAACGAUUAUGGCUUCGUAGGGAGGAGACCUUUUACGUUGCACAGUUGCCUAUGAGAGAGUCAUGUGGAGGCCCACCUACCUGCUCAGUAAUUCUAAGUGUCCCUUAGGAUUAUAACGUGUGUGACAGUGUACCGCAGGGUUAAAGAUGUGGCCUUUGGCAGAUGUUGAAAUCAAUUCAGAAACCACGCAUACGUUCACAGAAUUUAACCCGGGUAUUGUGAUGAGUUGCAGAUGGCACGGCGUCAGGAGACGUCGGACGUCGCAGUCAUGAAUUUCUCUAUUUGAAAUCAUUAUUAAAAUCAGAUGUGCAGUCAGAGGACUGGAAAAAAAAUGGUUAUUUUGAUUAAAAGGAGAGAGACUAGUUUUAAUAAUUUUUAUUUUUUUACUUAUCCCUGGUGGAAAAAGUUGAAGAGUUAAAUGAAUUUGAAUUAAAAAAGACGUAUUUAAGCCAAUUAGAGUAGGUGAGACAACUGUGAGCGAACAUUUGAAAUUGUGGUCGUCCUGAGACUGGAUGGUUGCUUUGUCAAUAUCACAAUUUGUAACACUACAUUCCUUGUCUUUUUUUUUUUUUAGCCAGGUGAUUUAAGCUCUGUUAUACUUCAUGCUGCGUCAUCUGCAUGAAUUGUGCCAGCAUGAUAUGCUCUACUCAAAGAAAUUGUACCUAAAUAAAAAGGAGGGGAAAAAAAACAAAAACACAAAACAAAACACUGUGUCUGAACAAAAUACUGUGUGGCCUAUACAGAGACCCUAGCUAUGACUGAGAGAUGCUGCAUUAACAGACAAUCAAUGGGUAAAUUAUUUAUGAAACACUUUCGGGAAUGGUCUUAAAGGUGUCACUGCUUUGAAAGCAGCUGGUGAGUUGUGUUUUCAAAGAAGGAAGGUAAAAACUAUUUAUUUUAAAAUACAUCGGAUUGAAUGUUGCGUUUUUAAGCAGUGUUGAUUUUCACAGUGUCUCGGGUUCCAGUUUUGUUUUGUAUUUUUUGAACUGGCAUUAGCUUUGUAUUUGUUCACCAACAACCCCUAAUGCCGCUCAUAUUGAUGUCAGGAAAUGUAGAUACAGUUCCCUGGUGUUCGUGUGACCAUUACUAACUGUCAAUUUUUUUUUUUAAUUGAAUAAAUGUAAAGUUUAAAAUUUUGCUUUUUGUAGCUUCUAAGGUUCUAGAAUUAUUUUUUUUCCUGAGUUCCUUAAUGUCACUUCGAUAAGAGUUUCACAGUGAAGUGCUCUCAUACCCGUUCCACAGAUGUAACAAAGGCACUCUCUACCCCCCAACAACUGACGUGUGAGAAGUUGCUUGAUGUCGAUUUUACCUUCUCUCCCUCCCAAGAGAAAUGACUUGUGAGACUUCAGUAAAAAUGCAUACUGUAC